AUGUUUGGUCUUGAUGAUGUGGGUGUUAAUGAAAUUGAUCAGCCUGUGCAUUUAGAUGAGUUCAUGAUGAUUUUUGACAAAGAAGAAUCAAGUGGAUCUCAACACUCCACUUCAAAGCCGAAGAAGAAGAAGAAUAAGAAGUUGGCAGUGACAAGAAAAGAAUUUGUUUCUCUACAAUCCAAAGUCAACCAAAUUUUGACCACAGUCUCCUCCAACAAAACUCAAAACACUGAGCUUCCUACCCCACAGUCGUUAGUUGAAAGGGUUGAAAUUCUUGAAACUAGGGAACAUCUAACUUCAGAGCGCAUCUCUCUCAAAAUUGAAAUGGGUAUUAGAGCUCUUGAUAAUAAUCGCACUGCGGAUCAAAAACAGUUUGUAUCCACUGCUGAAAAUCUCAUCAAAGAGGUGACCACACUCAAAGAAGAAAUCAAGUCUACCCUUGAAAGUCAAACUGCUCACUCAAAGCACCUAGUACAAGAGACUCACAAUGCUUAUGAGUCAGUCAUUGUGGUACUCCAAUCCACCAUCAACAAUCUUCGACGCUCUGUCUCAGAUCCAUCUCAUGUCAAUGAGAUUCUCAAUCUUACAAAGGAAAUCCAUCAACUCUUUUUCAACAAAGAAAUCCCCAACAAUCUCCAAGUCUCCGAGUUGAUCAAACAACAAUUCACCGAUACAUUCUCCAAGAAGCAGUGUCCGUUAAAUCAACGACCCGUUCCUUCACAUCAUCACACUCCUCCGAGAACUUCACCAACUGCAGAUCAAAACAAGCCUCCAACUCCUCAAUCUUCACCGCAAUCAUCACCUAAAACAUCAACUCCUAUGCAAUCUCAUCAAUCUCCUCCAAUGCAACAACCUAUUCCUUCACAUCAUCAAAUUCCUCUGAGAACUUUACCAACUACAGAUCAAAACAAGCCUCCAAUUCCUCAUUCUUCACCGCAAUCAUCUCCUAAAACAUCAAAUCCGGUGCAAUCUCAUCAAUCUCCUUCACCGCAACAACUUUCUCCACAACAAGAAGUUCAACAUCAAUCCCCUCCUCAUCAAGAAACUUCUCCUUAA